UUGGUCGAUCUUUGACCAACUAAAAAUCGAUAGUUACAUCGAUAUAUUUAUCGUUAAACUAUUAUUGCAAUAGCACAAGAUUUCGUCUGAAACUAGGACGUCAAUGAAAUGGCAAGUGAAUCGAACGAAAAGAAUUUUAAUCUUUGAAAUGUAAUUUAUGGAUACAAAGUUAUUUGUAAGAGUUAGGAACAUUUACAACCAGUAUAGUAAUGUUACAAAUAUAAGCUUUAAAGAUUUGUCUUAUAUGGUAUAUAAAUAACCAUAGUGUAUAAUAGAGCAUUUAUUAAUAUAUCAUGUGUUUACUUCUAUGUCUGUAUUGAUACUGCAUGGUAUUCGCUUAUUAUAAUAAUGUAAUUUUGCAAAAUUAUUACAUCUAAUGAACGUGAGGAAAGAAUCUUAAAUAAAAUACAUUUUCGAAGUGCAUUACAAAGAUGUUAACUCCACGAUUUGAAAUAACUCAAACUGAUACAGAAGUCGCAAUAAUCAUUCAUGCACCAUAUGCCAAUAUCAAAGACACGGAGGUUUAUGUUGAUGGAACAGAUUUCAGAUUUUAUUCUACACCAUAUUAUUUGAGGUUAAGACUACCAGGUGAAAUUGAAGAAAAUGACUCAUCAUUUGGCUCAUACGAUUGUGAAAAAGGAGAUUUCUCUUUAAGAUUUUCAAAAGUAGUAAAAGGAGAAUAUUUUGAAAAUUUGGAUAUGAUAAGUACAUUAUUAGCUCCACCAAAAAAGAAGAAUACAAUUGUACCAAAUAUUGAGGUAAUUGGAAAUCCAUCAGCAAAUUCUGAAGAUAUUAAUGAUAUACCGAAUGAGCAUGAAUUUACACCAAAUGAUGAAAACACUAAUGGAGAUGAAUGGUACAUGCAUCAGAACAAUACUAUAGAAACUGUACCUCUUUUGCCUGUAUCUCCCAAAUAUGGUUUUGCGAAUAAAAUAUCUGUAGCUUUAGCUGCUUUUGAGUCAGCAUGGAUUAAGGAAAUAAUAGAUCUUCCAAUGCCAGAUACAAUACCUCAAUCUGAGAGAAGAAAAUUGCGAGAGAAACGUGAAAUUUCAGAUUUUAACGAGGAACAUUAUUUGGCAGAUCUUAUGCAACCAGAAUGCAUAGAACCAUAUAUCUCAUUUUCUGCAGAAUGGGACACUUUGAAAAAAGAAGAUAUUUCUUUCAAUGAAACUCAAGUAGAUUUAUUAAAAGAACUCCCAAACAAAGAAUAUUUAUUAAACAAUGAAGAAACACAUAAGUUACUUUUAGGUUUAAUGGAUAUUUUAUUUGGUUGUUGCUAUAAUCACAGAACAACAUUAGGAGAAAAUACAGUUGAAAGUAGUUGGACUAUUAAUAAAUUAAGUUCCACUUUGUGUUGGUUUGAUGAGUUUUCUGAUGCGGAAGAAGUUGUAAAAGCUUGUUUUAGAAGAUCAAUAUGUUAUCCACUUUUUAGAAAUUGGGAUUUAUCUAAAAAAGUUUUUGAAGACGUAAAGAAAGUAAUUAAGUUAGGUAAAAAGUAUAUUAUAAAACAUUUUUGUGAAGUACAUAGUUUGUUUAACAAUUCGUGUGAACCGCGAUAUAUAUUAAAUCAGUUGUAUAUAAAAGAUUACCUGAUCUGGUUACAACAGAUUAAUGAAUCAUUAAUAGAAUCAUUGGAAUCUCUCAUCGCUAAUGUUCAACCUUCCAAAGAUGAUAUGCAACUUGACUUAGCAGAGCUAGAGCAAGCAGCUUAUUCUGUGCAAGAAGAAGAUCUUAUUAUAGAAAAUUCUGUUCAUGAAAUAGUGGAUCAAAUGGAUGAAUUAACAGUUAAUGACAAUGACAAAGAUAAGCCAAAGACUAUAUACUACAUUAAAGACAAACAUUCUUUAAAGUAUUUGUUAUCGAGUAGUUCGAGUUCAAGCGACAGCAGCGAUACUGAUUCUGAAAGCGAUUCAGAAAGUAGCACUUCAAGUACCACUACAACAAGCAAUAGUAAUAGUUUGGACUCGGACGAUGUAAGCGAACCAGAAGAAAUUACAAAUGAGUAUACUUAUUGAUAUAUACUUAAAUAACGAAAUCUUUCUAAAAACAACGUUUUUGAAAGUUUUUUCUUAUUUAUAAUAUUAUAAAUAAAACUUCACGAUUCUACCUUA